CCCUUUCUAUCUUUCUCUCCUUAUUCGUGCCAUUUCAAUUUUUCAUUCCUCAUUUCAUCUGCUAGUUAUCACAUUUCUUACCAUCUAUUCUGAUCGAUUGCUUUCUUUUCACCCAUUUAUGCCAUUACCGUCUACCAUCUCAUCCUUGUUUUGCAUCCAAACUUUCUGGAUUCUGGUGGCUUCAAACCAUUCCCUUCGGAACCUCUGUGUUGGGUGCAAUGGAAUUCACGAACUUUUUUUUUUCUUUUCAAUUUCUGCUUUAUAUAAACAUGCCCCGGAUUCUACUUUUAGUUAAAUUUUCGUAUGAGUUGGCCUUUUUCCCGUGAAAUCUAGAAUUAUACUAUUUUCAGUCUUUGAACAUCAGAAAUCAGAAUACACCAUUUUCGUUUUUCCGUUGUUCAUUUGAAGAUUAAAGAGGGAAUAAACCUGGUUAGACGUGUUUGAGGGGACAAGUCCUUUUUCAGCAGUUUCUUCCUCACCUAUAAUUUGCUUAGGUGUGUACUCGGCUGUGCAGCUUGCAUAUUCUUGGGGAUCUUCAUUUUUAUCUAACCUGCUUUUCAUCUUCUUUUGCUGUAAUUUUUUUUUUCUGUUCUUCUUAUGGUUGAAACGAACCCGACAGUUUGCAUGGUUUUUUGCUCGAUGAAUGCAUAGAACAGAGUUAUGCUUUAUGUCAUUGCUAUUUCACUCUAUUUGUGAUUAUUGUAAGAUUUGGUGUUUGUUUGGUUUUAAGUCGAGGAGAAUUGAAUAUAACUGUUGAAUUUAAGUCAUGUAUACAUUGAUAUGAACCACGUAUUUUUAUUGGAAGUUUUGAGAGUUUAUGUCCACUUCUCGUUGUCUAUGUUUUAAUAUAUCUGGCAGGAUUAGAGGGAAGAGACUAAAAAUGGUGAAACCAACAUAUGAAAGAUUUUCAAAGGAUUUUGUAAUGGGAGGAGCAGCAGCAAUCAUAUCAAAGACUGCUGCAGCACCAAUUGAGAGAGUAAAGCUUUUAUUGCAAAACCAAGGUGAAAUGAUUAAAAGAGGACAACUCAAAAGACCAUACUUGGGCGUGUCUGAUGGCUUUAAGAGGGUCUUCACAGAGGAGGGUUUGAUUGCCUUUUGGAGAGGUCACCAGGCCAAUGUUAUCCGAUACUUUCCCACACAGGCUUUCAAUUUUGCAUUCAAAGGUUACUUCAAAAGCAUUUUUGGGUAUUCCAAAGAGAGAGACGGGUACAUUAAGUGGUUUACUGGGAAUGUGGCUUCAGGCAGUGCUGCAGGAGCAACAACUUCAGUUCUACUAUAUCAUUUAGAUUACGCACGUACACGAUUGGGCACUGAUGCAAUAGAGUGCCGCGGUACCAGUCAACGCCAGUUUAAAGGACUAAUUGAUGUGUAUAGGAAGACCUUAUCAAGUGAUGGAAUUGCUGGAUUGUACAGGGGAUUUGGCAUUUCUAUUUGGGGAAUUGCCAUGUAUCGUGGGAUGUACUUUGGGAUCUAUGACACCAUGAAGCCUAUUGUUUUAGUGGGGCCAUUUGAGGGGAACUUUCUUGCUAGUUUCUUCUUAGGGUGGAGCAUCACAACUUUUUCAGGGGUUUGUGCAUACCCUUUUGAUACAUUGCGCAGGAGAAUGAUGCUUACCUCUGGACAUCCAAACAAGUACCGUAAUUCAAUACAUGCAUUUCGUGAUAUUGUUGGACAAGAGGGUUUCUUAGCUCUAUUUCGAGGAGUUACAGCAAACAUGCUUCUUGGUAUGGCAGGAGCUGGGGUGCUUGCUGGAUAUGAUCAGCUGAAUAGCAUCUCAUCCAGACAUAGUCACUAUAACGAGACAAAUCAAAGAGUUUUGAAAUGAAUGGCGGAUUUGUAAGCGAGAAAACCAUAAUAUAGAAAAGGAAAAUUCAUCAUCUAGAAUGCAUAUUAUGCCUGUUUAUUUCAAAGGUUUGAUCUGAAGGAUCAUAACGGAGGUAUUUGUUCUGUAAAGUUUAAACUAAUCUAUAGUUCCAUAAGUAAUCACAUUUAUCA